AUGCCCGUCAUUAAGUCCCUCUUCGCCGCCACGGCUGGUCUUGUGGUCGGCGCCAACGCCUUCUGGCGCAUGGAGUGUCCUGGCCGCUCUGGCCUUGGUCGAAUUGACCCCAUCAUCAGCCCCGGCGAGAUCUCCGCCCACGUUCACGCGAUUGCCGGCUCCGGCGCAUUCAGCAUGGAUGCUGACACGUCCUCCCUGGUCGCCGGUGACUGUACGUCUUGCCGAGUGUCCCAGGACAAGUCGGCCUACUGGACCCCGGCUAUGUACUUCAAGGACGCCAGCACCGGCAAGUUUGAGCUCGUUGAGCAGGUUGGAGGAAUGCUUGCCUACUACCUCCUCAUCAACGACAACAUCACCGCCUACCCCGAGAACUUCCGCAUGGUCUCCGGCAACAACUACCGCCGUAGCUAUACCGUCGGCGACCCCAACCAACCCGACCCUCCCAAGUCCAACUGGGCCGCCCUCGGUCAGACGAACCAGGAUGAUCUCCAGCAGCGCGCUAUUGGCUUCAACUGCCUCAACUACGACCUGGAUCCCGAGCCCACCCUCUACCGCCACUUCCUCCCCGACAAGGCCUUCCUCGACCAGAACUGCAAGGACGGUCUCCGCCUCGAGGUCAUGUUUCCCUCUUGCUGGGAUGGCGAGAACGUUGACAGCGAGGACCACCAGAGCCACGUUGCCUUCCCUGACCUGAUCAUGUCCGGAACCUGCCCCGACACGCACCCGGUCCAGCUCCCUGCCAUGCUCUUCGAGACCAUCUGGGACACGCACGCUCUCGAGGGCCGCGACGGCAUGUUUGUCAUGGCCAACGGUGACCCCACUGGCUUUGGAUACCACGGUGACUUCUUGAUGGGAUGGGACCGUGACCUUCUGCAGGAAGCCGUCGACACUUGCACCAACGAAUCCGGACUUAUCGAGGAUUGCGGCGUUUUUGACGUCGUCGACGAGAGCACGGCCAAGGAGUGCUCUAUCCAGGAGCCUGCUACCCUCUCCUUUGAGAAUGUCCUCAAUGGGCUUUCUGAGCUUCCUGGUGCCGUCAAGAUUCUCUUUGGUGGUUCUGAAGAGUCCGACGAGGAGACUGCCUCGUCAUCCGAGAAGCCUUCCCUCACCUACGCGCCUGGCGGCAGCCCCGUCGCCGAGACUGCCUAUUCCUCUGCCACUUCUUCCAGCUCGCUCCCCGGGAACAUCUUUAUGGAGUCCGCCAGCGUUGCGACCACGUCUUCGUCGGUGAUCGCGGUCGCCAACGUGGCUGCUGUUGCGCAGCCCACGUCCUCGUCUUCCUCGCAGAUUGCGCCCGCCCCCACGUUGGCGCCGGCUGUUGCUGCCGAGGCCGAGCCCAGCGUCAGCUACGAGAGCACUCAGUACAUCACCAACGGCGAUAUCGUCAGCAAGAUCCUCUGGGAGGAGGAGGUGGUCUGGGAGACCGAGUUCCCAUUAUCACGGUCACGGCCACGGCCAUCACCGCUUCUAGGGGAGCCCCGGGAGUAUAUCAUUUUAGAAGAGGAGGUAUAG